GAGAGAGAGAGAGAAAAAGAGAGAGGGAGACCCCUACCGAGUGGACUGACUGGCUUUGGCGUGGGCUUUGGCUGGCCGACCUGAUUGCUGAUUAUUUGCUGUUGGUACCGGCGCAAAUGCUUUGAGCAGCCUCGGCUCCGCGUGCGGUUCUUUCAACGAUCCGAUCGCCCUCGGUGCGCACAGCUGCUGCUGCUGCUGCUGCUGCUUGAGCAGCACCGACGCCGGAGCGAUCCUUCUGUCGACGACAUAGCCCGGAUGGCUCCACUGUAAGCAAUGCGCAAGAUUUGGUUCAGAUCGGCUCUCGCGCACCCGUAGUAGAGCCGUGACACCCAGCCAUCGAGCAGAGAUAGCUUUCUUUCGAAAGCCGAGGAUACGAUGUGUAGAAAAGAAAGGAGGAAGAGAGAUUGAACGACAGGUAGGUGGGUGGGGCUGAGCAAUCUGCGCAUCGGAACCGCUGUGUGUGUGCGUGGGUCUGUAAGGCAGACCAUGCAUCAGGGUUGGUUUUGUGUUGAAGUCGAAGAAGGCCGGUCGACGUGCGAGGAUGAGGAGGAGAGGAAAGGGAGCCGCUGCUGUGACGAGUUCAUGGUGGUGAGGGUCAAUCAUGCUAGGGAGGAGUAGCAGGGCAGCGCCUGUCUUGCCUGCCUCAACAUGUCCCAAGUUAUUCAUCUUCAGCCUUCGCAAAUUUUGUGGCGUGCAGAAACUCCGUAUCGGCGAAAGGAUGGCCCGUUGGGAUUGAGGAAUCUUGGGAAUACGUGCUAUUUCAAUAGCGUCCUGCAAUGUCUCACAUACACGCCGCCCCUUGCGAAUCUUUGCCUGCAAGGACAGCACUCCUCUGCAUGUGGAUCCCGGAACGACAAGAUCAACAAUAACUGCGCUUUCUGUUUCUUGGAGAAGAGGAUCAGAUUGUCUCUCACAAUUGAUGUCCCAGUGGAUUCACCAACGAAAAUUCUUGAUUGCCUUCAAAGGUCAACAAAGCUCUUCCGUGUUGGCCGCCAGGAGGAUGCUCAUGAGCUUCUACGUUAUGCAAUUGAAGCUUGCAACAGUGCUUGCAUUCAGCUUCAAAAACCAGUUGCCGCUGGCAAUCGCCAAACUAAGCAUGCGGAUGGAAAAUCAAAGGAGGAGCCACAUACAAUCGUCAAGGAGAUUUUUGGCGGUAUCAUUCAAAGUCAGAUAAAGUGCUCAGUAUGUGGUACCGAAUCAAAUAAACUGGAUGAUAUCAUGGAUUUGAGUCUAGAUAUCCUGCCCAGGUUGGGUUCUCUCAGAGAGGCUAUGUGCCGCUUUUUUAUGCCUGAGGUACUAGAUGGCGAUAACAAGUAUCACUGUGGCAAAUGCAAGAAGCCCACGACAGCGAGAAAGCAGCUGUCAGUCUUCAAAGCCCCAACUGUGUUAGUCAUUCAGCUGAAGAGAUUUGAAAACAUUUACGGUGGGAAAAUUGAUCGUCAUGUUGCUUUCGACGAACGCUUGGGGUUAGCCGGUCACAUGUGUCGAAAUAGCAAGGAUGCACGGCCUGAGUAUAUGCUCUACGGGGUGGUCGUGCACGCCGGUCAUUCUCAAGAUGGGGGUCAUUAUUAUGCGUAUGUUAAGGAACCGAGAGGAAAAUGGUAUUGCUGCAAUGAUGCAAGCGUGUAUCCUGUGAAUCCUGAUAAUGUUCGUGCGGAUAAGGCUUAUAUUCUCUUUUAUGUACGAAGCAACAGUGCUCCCGAUGUUUCUUCUGUUAAUCGGAAUGAUUCAACUCCAUCGCCCCCCACCACUCCUGAUACAGACCUCCAGGAACCACCUAAAAAGUAUGGUAGUCCUCAUUCAAGCGCGACUCAUUCCAAGUUGUCCAAUAGUACUCUUGUGAACAGCCGUGUCAAUACGAAGAAGCAGAUGAGGUUCAAGAUUAGGAAUGUCAAUGACCCACCUGAAAAGGCAGGGAGAGAUGAUCAGUUCAGCAAUAAGCAUAUCAUUGAGGGUGCUUCACCUUCAUGCGUAUCUCUACCCAAUCCAAUGCCUUGCAGCACCAAUGCCAAACACAGUUGUGAGGGAUUCUCUCCUCCGUGCAUCGUUGUUCCAGAACAAGAGUCUGCUAGCAACUUUGACGUUGGUAGCUCCUCUGCUAGACUAAAUUCUGACGGGGACACAGUUUCAAGUGUACACUCUGGAGAUAAGGUUUUGGAAAACAGAACGCAAAUAGGAGCGGUGCCAGAGGACCAGAAUACUCGUACCGACCUUCGUGGUCUUGAUUUACGGAGGAAUUCAUCACGUACGUCCAACGGAGCAGAUUCGACGGAUGGUGUCUGCAUCCCUGUAGUUGCAAGAUCCGAUAGUGCAGGAAAUACUACGUUGGACAUUUCAGAGGAGACAAGGCCUGUUGGAGCCAAGAGGCAGAGAGAUGAGGCUAAAUGUUCCGUGGUCGCCUCGGAGGAUCCACAAUUUGCGCCGCUUCUAGAAACCCCAGUUAGUGAUUUCGUUCAAAGGCAGGUACUGAAGUCUGCUGGUGGCGACGAAUGGUUGGGGAUCGGCAGGUUCAAGCAAUUAUUGGAGAAAGAAACUCGAGAAGAGCUCCUAGGUGGUGGUUGGGGUGACGAGCUACGAGAACGACUGCGAGCCGUCAAGAGGAUGAAGAAGUCAGAAGGCCUGUGGCCAUCAGAUGCAGCCAAGACUUCAACUCUGAGUAGGCAGCUUUUUGCGGAGGAGCGAGAAUUGUGCAAAGACUUGGUGCCCAAAGUGCUCAAGGAACGCUUGGUGGAGCAUUUGAGAUCAUAUAUUUGUCAAAAAUCUGCUAAGUAGGAAGAUGAGUUGACUUUAUCGGCAUCCAGUGUAUGUGCAAGGAUAUUCUCUAGAUAUGUCUCAAGGACAAGCUGAUCGAUUGGAGGCAUCUUUUUGCAUUUCGGUCUUGGUAGAAAGAAGGUACUUUGCCCGUGAAUAUUGUACUUCUUAAAGGUCAUGCAAUUGGCCUUGUAGCAAGGUACUCGAUGGAUUGGUAGUUUUGCAAAUCUGUUACUCAUCGUAGCAAGAGCUUUGUCGUGUGCAUACUGUUGGUGUGGAAGGGGUGGCGUCAUAUCCUAACAUAUCAUCAAAACCGUCUACCCUUUCUACCCAUGUCUGACUGGGUGUUGGAAUUCAAAUCUUUUGUUUAGACGGUUUCCAACAAUGAGUACAUUCAAAGACAAAGUAUGGACAGUCUGUUCUGGUCUAAGUGGUGCACUUGGGUUCUUCAUGAGGCAACCAUCCUUGCUAAGUGGUGCGAGCCUCAAUCCAUAUAUACAGCAAAACCGUUCUGUGCUCCGAAUUGUUUUGUGCCAGGAAAUCUCUCGUCCUUUAAUAAGUCAAAACUCUGAGUUCACGUCAAACAUAGCCGGUGCUGUACCUUUUUGACUUCCUCCAUGUCAUUAGUAGCAUCUGAUGAUGUUGCCGUCCUCAAAACUUCAUACUCCCAUGUUUACUGCACCCUCUUGAGGAUUUCCUGAGGCUCACACUUUCAUUCCUGUGGGCUAACUGUAAUUUCUACCUGGGUCCAAACUACCUGAUGAGCAGGACUAAGGGCCAUGCAAAGGUGGGUUCCGAGAUGGCUUUUACACGCCAUGUUACCAGCCGUUCAUGUCCAUACUAAGCCCUUUACUCACAGGGUAGAUACUGAUGAUAUGAAACUGUGGGAGGAACACAAACCCAUCGCUUUUGGGUAGGAUGGAAGCGAGGAAAAUUUUCAGGUUUGCAAAAAGUAUCACUUUCUUCUAGUAAUGGUUGUGAAGUGUUGUUGUUUGUGCGGUCUGAGUUUGUGUCACAGUAUCAGUUUUUUUGCAGUGAUUUUAAAUGAACGCUCUCGUCUGCUUUUGCUACACUCAAAUUGGAGGCAUAAGGAGGACCUUGUCUCUGCAGAUACGGAGCUCCAUUCAUCCCGCUAAGGUCAUCCUUGCAAUUGAUGGAAUCAGGUUAUGAGAGGCCAGACUCAUAUCUCGUGUCUUUCCUGGUAAUGUGUAGCAUAGAAAGCAUAUAUGUCCCACCGAGGCUAGGAAUGUCCCUGAAACCUCAUCGCAGCAGUUACCUGAUACAUGAAGGUGUUGUGGGGCGCACACAACCACAUGUGAUGUGAGUGCAGGUUUUUCAAAGUUCAAGUUUCUGUGUAAUCUGUGCAAGUUUGUCCUACCUUUGAUGUUAGAGUAUUUUGUUGUCGUUAGAGGUACUUGUUUAGUCACCUGUUGUCUGAUUCAUCACGCCAGAUGGGUGAGUGCAUGUGGACUUUUUCGAAGUUAUAUUCCAAGGCAGUACACCCGAGGUAAUUUGCUCCUCACACUCAGACCAACAAACUUUUUCUCCUAUCCUUGUAGUUUUUAUGUCCCCGUCCGAUUUUCGAAGGUGUAUUCUACCUCUGUAGAAUUCAACACCUAUCUAAUUUUUUUGGGGUACUCUCGGCGAAUCCACCGCACCGUGCAUGAUUCAUCACGGUCAAGAAACUUCAGAGUUUGAGUCAUCUGCAAGAGGCUACAUAUUGUAGAACCGCUGUUGCGAACUUGUACUUCACUUUAUCUGUCCACCUGCCACGAGUCACUCGUGUUCUGUGAACUGGGCAUGUAACUUCUGGGUUCAUCGAAUUGUCAAGGUUGUCCCGUUACUGACAUACCGAAAUUGUUUGAGAAUCUGCACGCUGUGUACAAGUCAGUGGUUGGUGUGUCUAGUUCUGUUUAAGAGGAAGAUGGUGUAUCACUAUCCAAGAGUUUCCGUAUCUCCCCAGUGUCCGGUUUCAAACCUUGAUCACAAUCUGUAAUUGAUCACAUGUCUCUUUCUCUCCCUCUGUAUUGGCUUUGCUUUUUCAGAACACACUUCUGUACUAAAGUUUCAAUUUGGUCUGUUGAUUUUGAAAGAUUGGGGCCAGAGUCUAUUGAUGGUCAUUGGAGUGAAGAUGAACUCUGGCAACAUCAAUGAACAGCAGCCAAGGUUGUUUACUUAUGCCUGCCAUCUAUUUUUGGCUUACGGAGUGAAAUCUCUUUGUGUAGUGAAUUUCGUCUACUCUAUUCUCAUGGAUCUAUAGAAGGAUGAAGCUAGUGUACCCCUGGAGGUUCUGAGAUUAUAGAUCACUGCUGCCUCAAAUUUGAUUUGUCGACCGUGCUGUUUCACUUAGAGUUAGUUCAUAUCGCGUCAAUUACUUGAAAGCUUCCCAGGAGGUCUUGAGGUUCGGCGAGUCGAGGACGCUGUAGUUGAUCAAGCAUUCCUUUAUUUCGUAACUUCAAGACAAGGAGUAUGAGGCUUUCAGUUCUGGCAUCACCGACCUUCCUUUGUGGGAAGUUCAGUGCUUGUGUGCUUCACUUCAGUUUGGUUUUGUCGACUUUUGGUCAGAAAUGGGCCCUUCUUUUUUGUACCGGAUCUUUUCGGUUUUAAAAUUUUCAGUGAGAAUUAAUGAAAGUAAAAUAAUGAAGAGCAUGUCUCCCUUCUCAGUGAUGCCGGUCUCCGGGAAAUUUGGACAUAAUGCACAGUCGGAAUCUGAGUCUCUUUUGGGAGUAAUUUUGAGGCCCCACUCUCUUCUCAUGUAGUGCAAGUACGGUAGACGGAAUUUCCUUCCAGGCCGACUGAGGAAGUUCCUUGCGAUACCUGCAUCUCUUGAAGUCGAUGUGCACUAUCAAGAGCAAGAAGCAAAUCUUGAUGUUAAACUGUCCAUCAUCCAGGGAGAGAAACGUAAGAUGCUUGCUGGUAACCGUAAAGUGCAUGUGUCGAACCUAGAUCUCAAAUUACUACUUGCAAACCAUGAUUCAACUUCCCGUGUCAGCCAAUGAGUUCUGACUUUCACUUAUUUCUCUGCGAAGCGAGAAAUUCACGCCGUUACUUGGGUAUGCUUGCGUGCGACCAUGUAUGCAUUAUAAUGACGAACUGAAGUAUUCUUUUGGUGUGGAAUAAUAGUAGAUCGCUUCUCGCUUCCGAAUCUCGCACAAUUUUUGCCCUGUAUCUUACACGAUCAGUAGGGUCCAAAGGUUUUUAUGGAUUACUGUAUGGGUUAGGUGGGUAAGUCUAGUCGUAUUUCACGUCUCUUGUAAUAUUUUUCUUGUUUACGCUUAUAUAC